AUGAAAGCAUCCUCCAACGCCGGCAGUGGCGGCAGCAACAGUGGGCUUCCUCGCAUGGACCUUCGCCCAAUGACAGCCAAAACGCUUCGAACGGUGACGCCUCUCCGAGUGGCUGGUGUGUUGUUGGACCUCUUCUCUCGGGUGGGACAACGAAGUCCACCCAACCAGUCCAAAACAGAGCACAUUCGCUUCAUCUCCAUCGCCGUCUCGAACUACAACGAAAAAGUAAGAUGGGGACUCGAUCUCCUCGAAAAUCACCCAAAGAGUCCCGUCUAUUACACAGAAGACAUGCAUCCACCCGCCUUUGCAGCCUUUCACAGUGUCCCGGCAUCCAAAGAUCAGUCGUCCCAAGCACCCAUGGUGGUAUUGCCUCUGCCCAAAGAAAGAGCCGUCUGGGGCAGUGACACCAUUCUCCGAGAGAUUUGCAGCGACCCCGAGACGGUCAAUUUGUAUCCUGCAGCCAUUAAAGCCAAAGUCCAAGCAUUGGAAGAUGAAUUGGGGACACGCCUAGGAGCUACGGCUCGGUGCUGGGGUUACUCCAUUCUGUUUGACAAGUCCAAAAAACACUAUGCCACUGCCUCCAAGUUUCUCACCUUGCAAUGCCCUCGCAUUGAGCAACUGGUCUUUGAUCGAAUGAUGGACCGAGGUCUCGCCAAAGGCAUGGUCCGUGCCAUGAAGGUGACGGAGUUUGCGGAUGCCUCCGAGCACGAAAUUCGAAAGGUCUUUGACGAAAUGUCGCAAGCAUUAGAAGCGGCUGGUGGUGACUACUUGAUGGGCUCGGAAUACGGCUUUACGGCCGCGGAUCUGACGCUCGGGGCCCUCUCGUACUUUAUUAUUCGUCCACCCGAAAUGACACCCUUUCUGCUGCCAGAGUCGGAAACACCUCCAGUCAUGCUCCGAUUGGGCGAGGAACUGAGGGAAACACUGGCUGGAAAAUAUGUGCUUAAAAUGUACCAACAGAACCGACCAAUUGAUUCUCAGACGGGGGUGAUUGACCUCAAAAAGGUGGACCAGAACCGUGUUCCGUGGAAAGAAGCGGUAGGCGCAGUCACCAUUCUAGGGUCCAUUGUAUAUGGAAUCAUCCUGUCUGCCACAAAAGCAUAG